AUGGUAGGGUCAUCCGCGUCAAUUAGGAAAUCACAGGAUUCAGUUAAUGUUGAUAACAACUCAGAAAUUGAUCAGACUGAAUUAAGAUACUUUACUGAAGUUGAUAUUGAUGAACAACCAAGUAGCAACACUUUUGACGAAGAAGAAGAUAUUUCUUCUUCUGGUAAUUCAGUCAUUGAAGACGAAAAAGGUGCUUCAAACAAACAAUCAUGGCGGAAAAUUCUAAUGCUUUGCUUCCUGUCGUUGGGAUCAAUUUAUGGUGAUCUUGGUACUUCCCCAUUGUAUGUUCUCAAUUCAAUCAAGUAUUCUUCCUAUCCACCCAGUAAAGAUGACAUUUAUGGUGCUGUGUCAAUCAUCUUUUACAUAUUUACCAUUAUUGUUAUAUUCAAAUAUGUGCUAAUUGUUUUGUUUGUGGGGGUUAAUUGUAAUCAUGGUGGACAAGUUGCCAUUUUUGCUAAAAUUGCUCGGCACUUGGGUAUUGGUCCCAAAGGGGUCAGUUUGCCUGGGGCCCCUGAAGCUUCUGACAUGCAAUUAUUAACCAGACAGGACACAACCACUUCAUCAAUCAAAUCUACUCAAACACGAGUUGAAAGAAUAAAGGAAAAUCCCAUGUUGCUUUCUUUCCUUCAGUAUUUUAUACUCGGUGCUUGUUUUCUUGGGAGUGCCUUGGUCAUGUCUGAUGGGUUAUUGACACCAACCACAUCGGUGUUGAGUGCAAUUGGGGGGAUUCAAGUUGCUAUUCCUUCUUUUUCCAAUGUUUUGGCGGUUUCUGAAGUUAUCCUUAUUGUCUUGUUUGUGGCGCAACAAUUUGGUGCCAGCAAACUUUCAUUUACAUUUGCUCCCAUUAUAUUUAUUUGGAUGAUUGGUUUGAUUCUUUGUGGCAUUUAUAAUAUUGUCAAAUAUAAUCCGGGUAUUUUCGCUGCAUUGUCACCUUAUUAUGCUAUCAAACUUUUGAAAUCAGGAUCAAUUGACGUCUUUUCAGGAGCAAUGUUGUCCAUCACUGGUACUGAAGCUCUUUUCAGUGAUGUUUCAGUGGUUGGUAGACUCCCGAUACAAUUGACUAUGGGAUUUUUUGUUUAUCCAGCUUUGAUUUUAUGUUAUCUUGGACAAGGUGCAUACUUGCUGAGCCAUCCAGAAGCCUAUUCCAAUCCAUUCUUUCUUUCAUUGCCCGGUGGUCAAGGUAUAUAUUGGACUAUGUUUGUUUUGGCUACACUUGCAACAAUUAUUGCUUCACAAGCAUUGAUCUUGCUGGUUUUUUCUAUUUCAUCACAAUUGAUAAACUUGGAUUGUUUCCCUAAAUUGAAAAUUGUUCACCUUUCUUCACACCAACGCGGUGAGGUUUACAUUCCAGUAAUGAAUUGGUUAUUAAUGAUUGGGGUGAUUUGUACAACUGCGGGAUUCAAAAACAGUAAUAAUGUCACUGCAGCUUAUGGAUUAGGAAUUUCGAUGGAUUUUCUUGUCACGUCACUGUUGAUAAUAAUUUGCUUAUUUUAUGUCUACAAUGCCAACAUUAUUUGGCCAUUAUUAUUCCUUUUAAUUUUUGUUCCCUUGGAAGUUUGUAUGGUGGUCGCCAACUUGAGAAAAGUACCACAUGGUGCUUGGUUCCCACUCAUGAUGGCAGGUAUAUUCUUCUCUUUUUUGUGUCUUUGGCGUUGGGCCAGAUCCAAAAAAGUCGAUCAAGAAUACGAACAAAGAAUCAAAAUUGGUGAUUUGUUCCCAUUCUUCGCAGCAAAGUCUGUAACUGUCGAUCUUAACCACAAUGCAGUUUCACCAAAUCAAUUAGAGGAUGAGCAACAGCAACAACAGCAACAACAAGUCUUGUCAUAUUCUAAAGAAGAUGUUAUUACCAAAUUUGGUACGGUCCCAUUAUCUAGACAUCCAGGAUUAGGGUUUAUGUAUGUUGAUUCCAUCAUGACCAACUCACCCAAUACUUUACCUCAAUUAUAUGGGAAAUUGGUUACCUCAUUUGCAUCCAUACCGUCAGAAUUUGUGUUUGUAGGUAUUCGAGUGUUAUCUAUUCCUUAUGUGAAUUCCGAUGAAAGAAUAUUGUUGGCACCAAUGAAAAUUCCUGGCCAUUAUAAAUGUAUAUUACGGUUUGGAUUUAUGGAAAGUGUUCAAAUUGAUAAAGAAUUAUGUUCAAAAAUAAUGGCGAGAAUCCCUGGAUUAAGUGUUUUGGCUCCUGAACAAUUGCAUAAUCAUCCAAUUAUUCAUUUCUUUGAAAAUGAUUUAAUCAGAUGUCAUCAAUAUCAUUCCGGUAAAAGAAAUUAUUUCAAGAAAUUUGGUCAUUUGAUAAGAAAAACUAUAAUCAACCAUAUCUAUAGUCCCUUAUAUUCUUUGACACAAGAUAAAGGAGGAUUUCUUUGGUAUGAUAACGAAAAAGAGGAAAGUGAAAAGAAAUUAUUUAUUGGAGGUAUUUCUAGAAUAUAG